AUGGACACAAAGCUUACUGUACAACCUGCUAUGGUAACAUUUUCAGCGCCUUUAACUGAACGACAAGUGGUAGAUUUGGACAUAAAAAAUGAUUGGAAUAAAGCAAUUAUUUUUAAAAUGAAGACUACAAGACCGGAAGCAUUCAAAAUGAAACCUGUCUAUGGGCUCAUUGAUGCUGGUGACAAGAAAAAAGUAAUUUUGACUUUAAAAAAAUGGGAUCCGAAUAAGAAGCCAAAGAAAAGCGAUCAUUUCACGGUUGUGAUGGCGCCAGCACCUGCCAAAUGCAAUAAUCCCAUGAAAACUUGGAAAAGUUGGAAAGAAAGCAAAAGAUCUGAGACAAGUAUUGGCGCUUGUCGUCGAGUGAUAAAGAUAACGUACAAAGGAAUUGCGGUGAAAGAAGGGAAAAAGAAAUCGUCAAAAACUGAGGUGACAAAUGUGCCAGCAAUUGGAGCCGAACAGGCCGAAGACAAAGUGGAAAAAAAAAUCGAAGGAGCCAAAGAGGAUGAGGCUGAAAAGAAGCCGAAAUGGAAGCCGAAGAAGAAAGAAGAAGAGGAGGGAGAGGAAGAGGAAAAAGUAGAAAAGAAAGGCGCUAAGGAUAAAAAGAAGGAAGAGGAGGAAGAGGAAGAGGAGGACGAAGAGGAGGAAGAGGAAGAGGAGGAGGAAGAAGAUGAGAAGCCGAAGAAAAAGUCGAAAAAAGGAAAGAAGGAAGAGGAACAAGCAAAGAAGAAAGAUGUGGAAGAUGAAGAUGGGAAGGGGGAAAAAGAGGACGAGGGUGAUAAGGAUAACGAAGAGGAAUAA